GGCCACUGUGAGGCCAGAUAAUGACUGGAAUCAACAUCACUUUGCCCUUCCUUUCCCUGCAGGAGUAUGAGGUGCCGUUUUUAACAUCGUGUCCAGUCAUUCUCCUGAAACAGAAUUGCCACGUCCUAAGCCUAAUAUUUCCUACCUCCAGGGAGACGUGAUUUGGGUCUUUUACAAGCAGACUCCUAAUUAAGUUCCACCUUCAGGCAGGCUUUGCCAGGCCAUGGGCCUCAGCCUGUGCAGUGGAGGCAGGAACUUCACUUUGCCCUUCUAACUAGAGUGGGCAAGUUCUUCUCGUCCAGGAAUUCUGCGGGCAGCCCGAGCUGAGUCUUCGAUGAGCAUGGGCAAGGCAGACUGAGCGCGGGCAAGGCAGAUGACCUAUAGAGAGAUUUUUUUUUCCUUGUGCCUUGAUAAUUUUUUACCUAGAAACCUUCUGUUGGCUUUUUUUUUUUUUUGAGAUGUUUCUCUAAUGUUGCUAUUUGAUUGGAUUUCUGACUUAAUUUUUGUCUCCCAACCUUUUUUUCUUCUUUUUAUUUAUUUUUUUCAUUUAAUAUGAGGGAUUCCGUGACUUUGAGGUUCUGAGCUGCUGUUGAUGUGCUGUACCUCCUUCAAUUCUCAGCUUUCAAAGGGAAAACCUGCAGAGGAUCGGAAAUGCUCUACCACUACCCCUGGAAACACCCACAGGAAAAUUACCAAUUUUGAGCUUAUUCAAUUGCAAGAAAAACUGAAGGAGACAGAGGAAGCCAUGGAAAAAUUAAUCAACAGAGUGGGGCCUAAUGGUGAAAGGAGUAUUUACCACUAAAUGGAUGGAUUGUCUGGUAUUUCUAAGCAGAGCACAGACUGUGACUUCUGACCAAGAAAAACAGUUGCUGCAUCAGCUCCGAGAAAUCACCAGAGUCAUGAAAGAAGGAAACUUCAUUGACAGCUCCACUCCAGAGAAAGAAGCUGAGCAGGCCCCUUACAUGGAGGGCUGGAAAGGUUACCCUGAAGAGACUUAUCCAAUUUAUGACCUUUCAGAUUGCAUCAAGCGUAGGCAAGAAACAAUCCUGGUGGAUUAUCCGGACCCAAAAGAGCCCUCUGCUGAAGAAAUAGCUGAAAGAAUGGGAGUGCUAGAAGAAGAAGGAUCUGACCAUUUGGGUUGGGAAACGCCUACUGACCCCAGAGCCCAUGAAGAUAAUUCUGUUACCUCGCGUGACCCAGAGCCAGGAACAUGUUCCUGCUGUCUUCAUGAAGAAGAGGAUCCUGCUGUCUUGGCAGAGAAUGCUGGAUUCAGUGCCGACAGUUACAGGGAGCAAGAGGAAACCACCAAAGUGUGGCCCCAGGACUUCAGAGAUGAGGGGCAGGGCACCAGCGCCGACAAAGCAGAUACAAAUGACACACUGAGGAGGCGGAACCCGCAGGGCUUAGAGUGAGAACAUCCAGUUUGGUGACGUAUCCGUUACUCUGGUCCCAAGGUGACCUUUGUCUCCUGUCAGAUUUCUAUCCUUGGUCCUGUACCCUGCACUUCAUUCCCUGUGUUUAAGUAUCAUAGCCAGUCAGGUCACGACCGUGGGUAUCAUAUAUUCUUCCUGGUGCUCACAUACCUGUCACCUUGUAAAACAUCAUAGAGAUUAGUAGGAAUACAAGACAGCUUCCCUCUUUUUCUUCCUGACUUUCCUCCAUGAGUUAGUAGUUGUUUGAUCUGUCGUAACUCCAGGUGGGACCACUCAGGGCAGAGGUCCGACUCUGCUAGGAGUAACAGAAGGUUUACCUGUGAACGAACAUCAGCUUACACAUGAUGAGGACUUAAGGUUGCAAGAGAAGAUUUCAGAGUCCAAGCUGCCUUAUUCUCUGGGCCUUCAGCAGGUCAGUGGUCCCCUAGGUUCACAAAGAGAACACUUUUGUGGGGAUGAUGGCACCAGAGCAGGGUAGGACUCUGCAGUCUGAGCUUAAGGCCCUUCCUCUCAGCAAGGGCCGUGUUAGGAGUGCUGGUGCCUCAGAUCCGCUUUUCUGCAGAGGAGGAGAAGAUUCCCACGGACCUGAAAAUCAGCUCGGAGACCUGUUGGGGAACUGACUGCUCUGAUGUUGGCCUGGAUCUCUAGCUUCCUUUGUCCCUGUUCUGCUCCACAGAACUGC